GUGGAACGGAAGUAGCAGAACACAUAGUGGGCUAAAUCCAAACAGGGAUCGUAAAUAUUGAAAUCGGGUGAAUUUCAGCCCGAUGUUGUGUGAGCAGUUCGGUAGCCCUUGUUUCCAAAGAUCCCGGGUUUAUGAUGUAUAAGUUAUGGACGCAGUGCGUCAGAAUAGUACCGAAGAUGUGAAGGAUGCAAACAGGUUCUGGCGAGAAGAAAGGGAAGAGGGGGCUAUUUAUGACACAUACCUGAAGAAGGUCACAUAUCGUACUAUAUCUGAGCACGAUGAGGAAUCUAAGACCUUCUCUCACCUCAUGUGGGAGACUCAGAAAGUACGGACAAUCAGGGCAGGGACGCUGGAGAAGCUGGUGGAGAGUUUCAGCACUGCCAGUGGCGAAAUGGACUCUGCCUAUGUAAAUGUCUUCUUGGCCACUUAUAGGACGUUUGCUUCAGCCAAUCAGGUGUUAGCACAUCUCAUAGACAGGUAUAACAUAGUCAAGACACAAUUUGAGCAGGACGAUAAGAAUGAAGUUUUGGAGUCACAAGUCAAAACAAUCAAGUCAGUGCUGUCUGUUUGGCUGGACACGUACCCAGAAGAUUUCCGCACGCCACCAAAUUAUGAAUGCCUUGAGACGCUCCUGAGGUUCGCAGAAGAGAGCGUGCCUGACAACGACCUGGCCAUUAAAGCUCAGCACAAACUGGACAGGUUCCUCAAGGAGACUGAUGAGACAGGAGAUUUCAUCAGCACCAUCAUUCCUGUGCCGACAAUAGAGAGUCUUGUCAUCAACACAAAGCAUGACAAACCACUGACAUUUCUCAAAAUCAAAAACCAAACUUUUGCCGAGCAGCUCACCUUGAGAGAUGCGGAGCUUUUUAUGCGUGUGGUGCCUCACCACUGCCUGGGUGCUAUCUGGUCCCGACGGAAUAAGAAAGGUCGUUCAGAGGUGAACAGCGUCUCAGCCACAAUCGAUCAGUUCAACGGUGUCUCAUUACGGGUGAUUUCUACAGUCUUACAAAGCCACGAUCUCAAACCUGCUCAACGUGCCAAAAUCAUCCAGAAGUGGAUAGAUAUUGCGCAAGAUUUACGGGAAAUAAAGAACUUCUCCUCCCUGAAGGCCAUAAUAUCGGGGUUACAAGCUCACCCUGUGUAUAGAUUGCAUCGUGUAUGGAUGGUUGUGUCCAAAGAAACCAAAGCAAUAUUUGAUGAGCUGUCUGAUAUUUUUUCUGAUGAAAAUAAUCAAAUAACUUCAAGGGAACUUCUAAUGAAGGAAGCCACAGCCAAGUUUCCUGAUCUCAAUACAGGCUCUAAUACUUUGAGGAAGAAGAAAAGUUUACAGAAACGACAGUCCUGGAUUGAAAAUGGUAUUGUACACGGCACCAUCCCAUACCUGGGCACUUUUCUCACUGACUUGACAAUGGUAGACACAGCCAUCCCUGACUACACAGACGAAGGUCUCAUUAACUUUGAUAAACACCGGAAAGAGUUUGAGGUGUUAGCUCAGAUCAAGCUCCUCCAGUCAGCUGCUCAGGUUUAUAACCUCACAGUUGACACUGCCUUCUGGUUGUGGUUUGACAGCGUCCAGGUCUUCAGUGAUCAUGAGUGCUGGGAGUUAUCACAUGGGAUAGAAGCCCCAUCAGAGCUUAGUGCUAAGAUCAGGAAGAAAUCUGCCAGCCUGGGUCACAAACCGCGAGGGGAUGUGAAUUUCCACACGGGAAUGUUGUGUACGUUUUCUAGUCAAGAGGAGAAGAUCAGUGUCAAUAGUAUGUCUGACUCAGCCCUGUCCACAUCUACAGGGCAACAGCAGUUGUCACCAUCAUCCUCAGUCUCAUCCCUCCUGUCCAGCGACAGUGAUAUCCCGUCCUCGCCGUUCAGAAUGGCCGACAUGUGUGUCAUCAAGGCCACGCUGGAGCUGGACAACAAACCUACAGCUCACAUCUACAAGAGUAUUAUGCUUCACAACACAGAUCACACAAACAGUGUGGUUCAAAAGGUGCUAGAGAAAUAUGACAUACAGUGUCGUGAAGGGGAAUACUAUCUAUCCCAAGUCAUGCCAGACGGGGAAUGGCUCCUUCCCCAGUCAGCUAAUGUGUUUUAUGCCAUGAACAGUUUGGCUGAUCUCAAGUUUGUGCUCCGAAACAAGGAACAGCAAGAUGAGUAUGAGAAGAGAAAGAAGAAAGGGCGAAAAAAUCUCAAACUGAGUUUAUGACUAAAGGGGUGCAUUGCUCCUGUGGCGCAGUGACAGUGAAGAUUUGUGAGAAUUAAUAGAUAGGUGUAUACGUAACAGAUAUGAUUGCUGGACAUUGACAGAUAGGGGCAUUAACCAAAUACAUUUGCUGUACAUUGGUAGAUACAAUUGCUGUACAUUAAUAGAUACAAUUGCUGUACAUUACUAGGUGCAAUUGCUGUACACAGCCAGAUAUAAUUGAUGGACAUUAACAUAUAUGUGUGUGCAUUAAUCAGACAUGUACAAUUUCUGUACAUUAGUAGAUAGAAUUGCUGUAUAUUUGUAGGUAGAUUUGCUGUAAAUUAAUAAAUAUUGCUGGACAAUAGCAGAAAGUGAAUUUGCUCCAAAAUGUAAGAUACUGUUGCUGUUUAUUAAGACAAACAGUUACAGGCGCACACUAACAGAUAUGAAUACAUUUAAUAACAAACUGAGGUACUGUGCAUGAUAUGAGUUAAUGUAUCCUUUUCACCCAGUUAUCUCCCCUGUUUAGCAGAAGACACUGUCAUCCUGGAGGUUGUGAUGUUUUCUGGUGCAACAAGAAAAUUUUAUGUCAGUGUUGCCCUUUCCUCCCCAUCACAAUUCCUUAGAUGAAAAGGAAACAUGAGAGUUAUGUCACGGACAGACUCAAACCAUUCUGUCUCAAAAGCACAGUUGCUGAUGCUGUAUGUUAUGACAUACAUGUAACCUAAGAAGUAUGGUAGCAUUAUUUAUCUGUUACACCUAAACAGAUAGAUAUGGGCUGACAUAUAUGAUACAUGUAGCUGUUACAAAUGUUGUAUCUGGGCAGAUAUCUGUAUCAUGAAAACAAGUACAGAAGGAGAACAGGUGGGUUAGAGUAGACUUCACUGAGGUGAAGGUUUUAGAUAUCCCUUCAGUUCAUAUGUACAAUUAGACUGCCCAGUAUUCAGUCAUUUUUUGGUGUUUAAUAUGUACAAGUACUUGUUGCCUAUGUCAUGGAAAUGUUGGUUCUUCCACUUGUCUUAUAGUGCUGAGUUUUCUGUUUUUGUCUUAUACAUGUAAUGGCUGUUUCAUAAGUGAAAUGUUCUUGAGUACGGCAUAAAACUCCAAUUCAAUAAAUAUACAUGUACCUGUUUGUGUGAAUUUCUACGAUAAAACAUAAACCUCCAAUGGAAAAAACUUUGACCACAUACCAGUUAAUAUCAUACACGUCAAAAUGGUCUUGACCUUUAGUAGCACAUUACUUUGCCUCCAACCAGCGUGGUUAUCCCCGCUUUGUGUGCACGCACAACAUUUCCUUCUCAAAUCACAUGGUUGUUACCAAUAAGAUCAGAAAUUGUUGCCAGUUAGAAUUAAUACAUCGAAAAAUACGUUUCAUUGUCAAUCUCCAUGCCAUGCUCGACAAAGUGUACACGGACAUGAUUUCAUAUUCGAUAUACUACUGUUCUACAGAAGGCGAUGUGAAGUAAAAAUCAAGGGGAGAUAAUUACUUUGGUGGAAUGGACUUCGUGAAAGUGCUGGUUGUUUGCCUAUGCGUGAAACAUACCUUCAGUGUUUGUUAGAUUCACCAAAGAACUAACUUUAACAGGGCAUAAAUAGCACAACAGCAGUACUCAUAAUUCUGUUUGUGGUCACAUGUUAGCAUAUUAUGUUCUCAGAUGUUGUUGUGAUUUCCCAGAAACGAAUGAAUUCGCUGCCAGCAUUUGUUAAUAGAGUUUAUAUCAAUCGUGUAGAAGAAAUAUUUUUGCUGUAAGCAUAACACACUGCCAUUUGUAUUGUUGUGCUAAACCGUGUAAUAAAACGAACUUUUCAGGGCUCCCAGAAUCGGAAUAUUCUUAGCUUCAUUUGUUUAAGAACCUGAAGGCUUGAAUUUGUUUUCUUUGAAAGUUAAGAAGGUCACUGUGAUUAUGUGUAAAUUAUGAAUUGGAUUUUAUAUGUUUUCCUGACAACAGUGUUGAUUUACUUAGAUAACUUCCUUUUUUUUUGUUGUUUUUUGAUUUUGUAAAAUAUCUGAAUUAGUUAACAGUUAAUCAAAUUAUCAAUGUGAUGUUGUAAAAUUACCUGAAUAUCUUUGUAAAAUUAUGUUGAUCACUUACUUAAAGGGCCCUGUAAAUUAUCUGUAACACAAACCUCUAACAAUGUUUGAGGAUAUUAUCUGUAACACAAACCUCUAACAAUGUUUGAGGAUAUUAUAUGU